AUGGAACAAACGACGAUAAUAAUAAUACUAUCGACAGGAUGCGGCAUCCUUCUCCUCGUCCUCAUAGUACUGGCGGUUCUCUUGCGCAAGAGAAACGCUUCUUCAGCUGCGAAAUCACAACGUUACGUCCAUCUCGAGGACGCAUCCACGCUCCCUAUGGAUAAAGUGCGAGUUGUGGCUGAAGAGGACGAUGUGAAAGAAGCAGGACAUCGCUCAGGUGCAAAUUCGCAAUUACCGUCGUUUUUAGUGGAUCAGGAAGAACUACCGAGCUAUACGGUGAUCAAAGCCUUUGAGAAGCGAAAGAGGGAUGACAUGAUAUUAACGGUGGGAGACAAGGUCACUAUCUCAAUGACAUUCACUGAUGGCUGGUGUCAUGGCUACAAUCAUACCACGCAUACAAUGGGCAUGUUUCCAAUCUCUUCUGUUGCGGUAAUUGAUAGAAAGCAUAGUAAAUCCAAGCCGCGGCAAGCAUCAAAUGAAGAAGCAAAUUCUCCUGAGAGUAAUAGUUCUGCCACCCUUACGUCUCCCGAAACGCCAUCAUCAGUUAACGAAGUUCACCCGCCGACCCAAAAACCGGAGAAGGGCAAGCUGUUGUUCUCAAUGGUGCCCCCAGAGCAAGCCAUGGAGAUUGUAGCUGAGUCAUUGAGUGCCGAGCGGCGAGCACAUUACUUUGAAACUAUGCUCCGGGAUGCGAAAGCAACUCCAUCGCCGAAAAGUGAAGAGUUGGACCCGUUGGAAAAUCAACUUCGUGCAUCGAUGGAGGGAGCCGCUGGUCAGGAAAGCCGGGCCAAGCUGGCGUGGCGUAAGCUCAGAGUGGGCUGGAAAGAUGCUGUUCGCAAACAAUUAAGUGAUGGUUAUGAUGAUUGGCUUGCUCAAAAGGAGAAGUUUGAUAUUUGGGGUUUCAUGGCGGACAACUACAGAGUUGACAACGGUGAAGGGUGGAGCGGCUCAGAUGAUGCAUAAGACGGGCAGGCAGUACUGACCUUUUAUUUUGUGUUAUAUAUAUAUCGGCGUUGUAUAGUUCAGCUUUAUAGCCGAGGCCGUUUUGUAGAACAUUCGUGUACCCACGUACGUGAUAGGUUUGUCGAAGGCGUACGGUUUACCAUCGUGUGGGUAGCCUCCUUUGGGUGUAGUGCUUCGUCGGCUUCGGCCGGUCCUUGAUCGAAAUUUGGCUUGAACGCGAAUGUACUGUACAUGUUGACUCGAUUGAUCCAGUGCUAUGAAGGGAUAAUUGAGGGCGAGUUCCGGAUUGGGCCGUCCAGUAGAGAAGGUUAAGAAGUGUAGUGAGGGUGACUUAUCAUUUUUAAGCCAGUAGAAUAGUCUCCUUUAUCGUGUAUUCCAUAGCCGCAGUUCAUGCAGUUCAACUGUUCAAACGUUAUAAAGGCCGGGUAGUGUAAACAUUGUGACUACAGUACAUGCCCUGCACCCAGGAAAACGC